AUGUCGCUUUUCCAAGCUCAGCUAUACCCGGGGCAAGCCCUCGGCUUUCUUGUGCUUGGCGCAUCCCUUCACGACAUUCUUACGCGCAUCAAAGCCGAACCCCAACGAUUCCCAAAGAUAGAUCUUGCCUUCUCCCAGACUGCGCCUAUAGAAGAGCCCGUGGUCGUCAAUCUGCCAUCAAAUGGUGUUCGUCUCCGCUUUGAUGGCCCCGAGCAGCGUCUGCGCCUCAUCGAGGUCAUAGACUUUACCAAGAUUCAUAUAACAUUCAAAGAGACAAAUAACGAACGAGACCUUAUGCGCCCGGCUGCUGAACCGACUGCGACCGGUCCAAGUUUUAAACAUAUCUACAACCGGUUCUUGGGGCCAACUUAUGACGGCGAGUUCGUGCCUGGGGGCGAAAGCGGCAAGGAUGUAGGCACCUACGUGUUGUCUUAUCCCGGGGUUGCGUUCACCUUCCCGAUGGCCCCAUCGGCAUACUCGCCAGACAAAGACGUAAUGUCACUGUUAUCGCACAACGGGACGCAGAUCGCCACUUCCAUGGCAGUCUUUAGUGGUGACACUUGGGCGCAGGCACGGGACACAUUAUGGAACGAAGCACUCCCGAGCUUAAAGACAUUUGCGCCCUUAUCGAAAGGUAGCAAAGACGCCAGUCCGGACGACGUGACACUGGUUCGUAUUCACGGAGGAGGAAAGCUCCAACUAGUUCGCAAAUGGGCUGGAGUUGGCGACGCGCCCUUACCCUCCACCUGGAUCAUUCUCGGGGAAACCACUCCACAAGAUCUCGUUGCCGAGCUCGGACCUCCCGAUGCAAUCUACCGCAGGAAUGAGCAGCGCAUGUACAUUCACCGUGUCCGUGGCGCCAGCAGCAGCCAUGGCCGUCGCCCAAACAGCGGCGAUGUCAAACCGGGCUCACAUGACAACCUAACCGACACAGAUAUGUCAUCUGCCAACGCACUAUCCACGGACGAUGGGGACUAUGACUCACGCGACGACGACGAUGAGGCUGUGGAGGAUGACGCUGCUGGAAAUGUCGCUGGGGAGUGCUUCUACAACUACUUCUACCUAGGAUUCGAUAUACUCAUAUCAACACCCAGGGUACCAUCACAGCCUCCACCAGAUGUCGAGGAGCCGCAGGUGCCCAGAGAUAGAACGCUUCCUUCCGAGUCCCAAGAUAGACUCGUAGCGACCAAGAUGAUCCUCCACGGCAAUGUUCCAGGGUCUUACCCCUUCAACCGCCACCGGCGCUGCCGGUGGGAGAUAGCCUAUCUGGACCAGCCCACCAACUCUGAGACACCCUUCCAUGAGACGGAGGAGCGUCUAGGCUCGGCGUGGAAAUCGACCUAUCUGUCCGAGGCCGAUGCCAAGCAGCGGCAGCGGGGCAUGGUGCUCAAUCGUGGUUGGGGCGACAGCCCGGGCAGCAGCAUAGAGUUCCUGGGAGGUUGGGAGGGGGAGGUUAAGAGUUCGGCCAGGAAGCCCGAUGCAAUCGGCGCUGAUAAUUCGACCACGACGCUCUAUGGUUAUCCUGGACUGGUAUUUGAAGUGCUAAGAAACGGGUUUGUUAGUGCACUAACUGUUUUCUGA